AGGGUGGGGAUUCUUUGCAUGGUUUAGUUAUUUAGUUGAUGGAGAAGAUAAGGAGCAAACAGGAUGAGCUGUGAUCGGAAGAUCUCUGGCUGUAUGUUGUUUUUUUGCAAAGCCUGGCAGUGUCUUCAUCUGCUGGGCAGUCAGUUGUUCUGUCAGUUUGGCCACUUCAUGACGUUUGCAGCAUUUCCAGUCACUUUACUGAAAAUCUGCAAUGAAAUCCAUGCUAGUGUUUAUCUGGGGGUUAUUGCUGGUUAUUACAACAGAAACCAGAGUGGAGAUCAUGCCAUCUCUUGGAUAUAUUGAACUGAAUGAGUCCAAGGUGUUCGUCUGUGUAGUGGAGGGCGCUGUGCAGGAGAUGAAGUGGUUGCACCCCAGCGGAAAAGAAAUCAGAGAUAGGGAGGACGAGCGCCUCCAGGUGGAACAAGCAGACAAGAUCGUCUCCAAACUGGUGAUCAGAGACGCGCAGCUGCAGGAUGCGGGGAGAUAUCAGUGUGUGUGCCGAUUUGACGAGAGCUACGCCGAGACCGCCGCUGUCACGGUUACCGUCGUCCAAAAGCCAACCUUUCUGAAUCCCAAAACGUACCACGAGUUCCUGGAAGGUUCGGAGGCGUUCGUCCCAUGUGAUGUCACCGGGAUCCCUCAGCCCCUCGUCACCUGGAAGCACAAAGGAAGGGAUGUGAUGCACACAGAGGACGGUCGCUUCCUGCUGACUGCCCAGGGUCUCCUGAUUCAGGGGGUCCGGGGGUCUGACCAGGGCCUCUAUCGGUGCGAGGGGCGGAUUGUGGACAGGGGGGAGGUGCAGAGUUUGGAUAUCUCUGUGGUGGUGAACGUUCCCCCCACUGUCCGGAUUCGAGAGGGGAAGGUCAAUGUGACGGCUGGCUCCGGCGUCAAUGUCUCCUUGGCCUGUUUGGUAAAUGGACACCCCCAUCCUUACAUCAGCUGGAUCAGGGACGGAGGUCCUGUUGUGGCUGAACCCGGGCGGUUUGGGUUUAACUCGGACCAGAGCGUUCUGACAAUCUACGCAGUGGAGAAGGCGGACGAGGGACAAUACACCUGCACAGCCACCAACAAAAUCAACAGCUCCCGUGACGAUGUGACCCUGCACGUGACGGCCAAUCAAACAGAAGAGGAGGUGCCUUCACCCCACAGCACCGGGCACACCGUGCAAGCGACCGGCGGGCAAGCCGCUACAGUCGGUACCCUGGACCUUAUGAAGGCUCAGCGGAAGGAGCAGUUGGCGGUUCUGCAAAGCCUGGCUGCGCAGCAGGAGAUCCUGGUGCGGAGAGUGGCAGAGAUUGGGGCCGAGAUCAGCCAGCUCACUGCGACCUUGCUCCCUGUUCUGCACAGUCUGAGCCCUCCGGAGAAAGCCCACGACUAACGGCUACUGCCGCGUCCCGGUCUGAUCGCAGGACACGGACGGAAGACGAGUGGGUUUGCGUUAGAGGUGCUUCUUAUCAGAAGUGCAAUUAUCAGCAACCUCUUGAGAAAACCCAGUCAAAUGUAUACCGCUCCAGCCUUUACAUCACCCUCUAGAAUGAACAAACUUUGCUUCAUAAAGUCGUAAAAAAAACA